UAAAAAAACAUGUAUUGAACCUCUUGCAUUCUCGUAGUAAACAAAUUAUAUUUUACUUUUGGUUAAGAAAAUAAAGUAGUCUCAUUACCAUCUGAAAAACAUAUGUACCAUUGAGAUAUGCUUCAAAAUUGAUAACAAAAAAGGUCAUCAAACUAUCAUUGAUUUGUUUCUUCUUAUUUAUGAAAAUUUUCAAAUGUUGUUUUAGAAAAAAAUGAAGGUUGAUCCAUGAUUUAGAUAAAAUAAGAAAUUCGAAAUUCUACAUAUGUUUUUCUUGUCAAAUGUGGUGUGUGUAGAACUGUAGUAGAUAGUUCGUUCCUCCUAAUUCGUAAUAAAAACAAAAAAAAAGGAGUUUAAUAUUCCACAAAGACAAGAUGGAAAAUGAUAAAAGCAGAUGUAUAUAUAAAUAAGAGGGGACAUUCAAGUGGGAGUGGAUUUUUUUCAUGUGUGUGAGUGUAGAUGUGGGUGAGGAAUAACACAAUGAGAAAAGGGAGUGAAGAUACAGACAACAUCAUUCUCCCCAAAGAAAGCUAAGUCUUAGAAUCAUCACUCCAGUUCCCCUUUUUGGCCCCUUCUUCUUCCUUUUUAUAUUUCUUUCUUCUUUGACCCCUCACUUAAUUACUCUAUACAUGCUUUUUGACACCCUCAUUACUCUCCCCCUAACUUAACCACUACAAGUAAAAAUAUUAACUACACUUAAUUGAUACCACUGAUCAAUUUAAUCCAGCUAAUAUCUUUUGAAAUGAUCCAACCAAAGCUUAGUUAGAAAAAUAAUGAUAAUUACAAAAACUCUAAUUUUAUUCUCUUUGUUAUUUUUAUAAAGGUAUUGUGAAGAAAAAGGAAAGGAGAGCAGCAAACUUUUGGAGCAAGUCAUCUGUUAAAAGCUCCUUAGCUUUUCUUCCAUCACUUUCAUUCUUCUCUUCUCAUUCCAUGAGACUUUCACAGAGAAUUUAAGAGAUCUUGAUCAGAACUUCUGAUUAUUCUUCCCUCUUAUAUUUUCUAAAAAUCAAUUCUAACACUCAUCUCUCACAGUUAUAGAGAAACUCUAUAUAUCUUGAAGAUGAGAAAUAACUACUCCAGAAGAAAACCUAGGGAACACAUCACUACUGUUGCCUUUAUCAUCCUUCUUUUUUUGUUUCUGUUUCUUUACGCUAAAGCUUCAUCGUCCUCCUCUCCUGCUGGUAUUCAUUAUCACUCAACUCAUGGAAGCUUAAAGAAACCUAGAGUUUUGGAUCCAAAGCCUGAUGAUCUUAAUGACAAUGCUGCGUUAAGAGGAUCAAGAAUAUAUACAUAUGAAGGUGGUGAGAAUGUUUUUGAAGAUGGAAAGAGAAGGGUCUUCACAGGUCCUAAUCCUUUGCACAAUUGAUAAAUAUUUUUUUGCUUUUCCAAGUUUUGUGAAUUUUUGUCUGAAUAAAAAUAUAUAUAUAUAUAUAUGUGCAAACAAAACCCAAAACCAUAUUUAUUUACUUUUGUAUUACACUGAUAUACAUUAUAUCGUACGUGAUCUGCCGUGAUUUGUAACUCUUUCUAUGUGGAGGAAUGAGAUCGAUUUCAAGAGUAGAAAAUGCUGCUUAUUUGUUCAUCUCUCUCUAUGAUAUUCAUCUAAUUAAUAUAAAUACGUUUAGUUUAUUACUGA